ACAAUUCGUCCUUCACUACAUCUGCGCCGAGCUAGUGCAAAGUGUGGAUAUUUAGUACUCGUGUGGAAGCCAUUAUACGCCGAAAAUGUUCCGCACCUCGUUGGUCCGCGCCCACAGCGUGCUCAAGAAUGCCAUCACCAAGCCCAUGGCCGCCCCAGCCGGCGUUCGCUUCAUGUCCAAAGUGAACACCGAGACGGACGACCAGUUCGAUGCAAGGUAUGAGGCAUACUUCAGCCGUAGCGAUAUCGACGGCUGGGAGGUGCGCAAAGCAAUGAAUGAUCUCUGUGGCUUGGAUUUAGUGCCAGAGCCAAAAAUCAUCUGCGCUGCGUUGAGGGCCUGCCGCAAAGUCAACGAUUACGCGCUUGCCGUGCGUUUCAUCGAGGCUGUGAAGGAUAAGUGCGGUAACAACGAGAAGGAAAUUUACCCGUACAUUAUCCAGCAAAUCAAGCCAACACUUACUGAGCUUGGCCUCAACACACCUGAAGAGCUAGGUUAUGACAAACCCGAGUUGGCUCUGCAGAAUGUAUUUGAGAUCCAUUAAAUGUUCACUUUAGUAAAUGUAAUAAAUUAAUAAAUAAGUCGACGUCCAAACAUGGAUGAAAAAUGUGAAAUAUACAAGUUAGUAAGA